GAUAUCUUCGUGUCAUCGGCUCAGGCUGCAAAGCCGGGAGCGAUGGCUGCUCUCCCGGGCGAUAGCGCACCAGCUUCGCCCUGUCUGAGCAUGGACCUGCAGGCCGUGUGUCAACGCGGUAUGGAGAGGCUCGGCCUGCUCCGCAUGCCGCCCAUGGAACCGCUGGUGGCAGCCCACCUCCUACCGAGGCUGGCUCGGACACCAAGCAGGAACCCCACGCUACCGGUGAAGGCAGACCGAUUCCAGUCAGCGAUGACGGAACGGGCCUAUAAAGCCGCAGCGUUGUCCGACAGGGCACUCAACAUAUCCUCACUGCUGACCGCCUACCAGGCGGAGCUCUGCGAGGACCUGUCGAGCAAACCUGGGCCGGCCGUGUGGGACGAGAUCGCAGCGAUCACGGACAUUUGCCUCCGUGUGCAGCGCUGUGCAGUCCAGGCCACGGGCAAAGUCAUGGGCAUAAUGGUGGUACAGGAGAGAGCCAGGUGGCUCAACCUGACCGACCUCCCUGCCCGGUUCAAGAUACCGAAGCAGCAGAGGCCACAGCCCGCCCCGAGUCCCCAGCCCAGGCAGGAGACAAGGACGAGCUGGCCGAGAAAAUCUCCGGUUCCGGCAGCAGCCGUUCAGGCACAGCCGACUCAGAUUUUCAGUCACCAGUCGAGGAAGAAGAAGCGGGCGGCCUGACAGCCUCCUCUCCUUUCCUCGGUGACAGAGCUGGAAGUUCCCUGUUCCCCAGCUCCAGAUGUGUUUUCGGGGUGCCACCAUGCCCCCAUCUUCCCGCAGCCUCGAGUGAUGCCGCAACGCCAUCCUCAAAUUCGCGCCAGAAGGGAAACAGACUUAAUACCAGAGACAGCGAGUUCUGCUAUCUGCCUAAGUCACAAAAACACAUGUCACAAAUACCAUUGUUUUCAAAUAAACCAUUUUUCACUGUCGCAUCCAGGCUUUAAGCCGAGGGCGCAGUCCAAAAAAAAG